AUGAAUGACUUACAAAAAGAAAUGCUUACAAAAUUAAAAGAAAUCAUUCCUCACAAUGGUUUGAUAUUUAGUGAAUCAGACACCAAUAAAGAAAUAUUAUGUAAACCUAAAAUACUACCUUUAAAGAGUUUAACUCUACUAAAAUUAGAAGAAUUAGAAAAAUAAAUGUUAAAUCAAAUAAAAGAUAAGCCAAAAGACAAUUGA